CAGUGCUGACCCAAAAAUAUACCACGAUAGAGACAUCCUCUGGUGUACAUGUACAGUACCAGUGCUACCGCAGUAAACCGGACAGAGAUGCCUCAUUGUCAUUUGGACGAUCUGUACCUAUAACAACCAAUAGAUCACCACCAAGUGAUCAGGCACAUCAUAAAUUUCAACAUGUCAGAGUGGUCAACUUCCCUAACAGCGAUAAUUGGCCUUCAGAUGGUUUUGGUCCCUUCUACUGUGAAGCUAAAAAAGAGGAUCGAGAAAUAACAAGGAUUACUACAUUUUUCCAGAGAAGUGAUGCUAAAUUCUUACCAAGUGAUGGAUUGUUUACAAAGACAGUCAAUGUGAAUGACACAGGGGUGGUGAUCUCAAUGACUAAUCGAUACCAACCUGAUGAUAAUGGCAAUGUGAUUACAUGGAAGAAAGAUGGUGGUGUUUUUCUUACACAAUUUGAGGGACAGACCAAUAUCAGCUUCCAAAACCCGAUCCGGAUAUCAGACCAAGGGAUUUAUGAGAUCUACUACGCUGGCGAGAGAGGUCAGAACAGAGGAGGAAUAUACAGACUCAUAGUCAGAGAAUGUCCUGCUGGUAAGUGGGGUCCACCUGAAUGCCAUGGUAUAUGUGAAAACUGCUAUAAUGGUGGAGUCUGUGAUGACAAGUCUGGUGUGUGUAUCUGUCCUAACAACUUCAUGGGAGAUAGUUGUUUAGAAAUUUGCAGGAAUAAAGGAGGGAAUAAGUUUGGAUUAACCUGUGAAUUUUUUUGCUCAAGUCGUAACUUGCCCACUAGCUGCCGUUAUAAUCUGUUUUGCCUACCUGAUCCUUAUGGAUGUUCGUGUGAUGUUGGUUCUCAAGGUCUUGCAUGUGAUAGUGGUUGUGAUGUUGGCACAUACGGUCCAGGGUGCUCACAAACAUGUCACUGUGCUAAUGUAUCAUCAUGUAACUCUUUUAGUGGAAUAUGUACUACAGGUGGAUGUCAGUCUGGCUGGUCAGGGGACAACUGUCAAAUUCCUGAUACCUGUGAAGCUGGUUACUAUGGAUCUCAAUGUACUGAUAAGUGUCAUUGCAUGGAUAAUGUAUCAUGUGAUAAAGCAACAGGAGCAUGUCCUCAGAAGUGUGCCAUAGGAUACAGCGUACGUGAUGGUCAGGAAAAUUGUCUAGAAUGUGAAGGAGGGACCUUUGGUCUGGAUUGUCUUCAGCAAUGCCACUGUGCUCAAGAAGCCUGUGAGAUACAGAGAGGAUUGUGCAAUGGACAGUGUCUUGAUGGCUGGAUUGAACCAAACUGUCAAAGAAUAUCACGCUAUGACGUAGUAAGAGUGAAUCCAUACCAACCAUCAAUCAUCACAUGUUAUGCUGAGGGGAUCCCACUUCCUGAUGCCUCAUCAGUUGAUCUUCGUCGGCGUACUGAUACCAACACUUAUAAUACCACAGGAAUCACCAAGCGAUCAAGCUCAGUAUUAGGGUCGGAACGGGCUGUUCUCUUCGAUAUUGAAAAUGUUUAUCCACCGGAAGAUGGAUACUAUGUUUGUGGUCUCAUUGUCGAAAACCAGUUCCACUCAACAACCAUCACGAAAGCAACUUAUGUUCUUCCUGUCAUAAGUACGGCACCAUCCAUUGUCAGCACCACUUCAACUACAGUAACUCUACAAUGGAAUGCCUGGUCUGCAGGAGAAGACAUAGGAGAUCCUCCCCUUGUAGGAUAUGAUGUAUUUGUAAGGAAAGGUGGCAACUGGGAAUUAGAUCAGAGAGUAGAUGAACAUCUCACUUCAGCUACUGUUAGUGACCUGACUCCUGACACAGACUACAGGUUCCGUGUUGCAGCCGUGAGGGAAGGAGAAGGUGGAACAGGACCUACGUCUCCAAGGAUUGAUGCAAACACUCUUUGUCUAGAACCAAGGUCUCCCCCGACUAGAAUACAGGUGACAUCCAACAAUCCUAAAGAACUAGAAGUGACAUGGGAGUUCCUCUCAUUGGAAUCAGCAAACUGCAGGAGUGGUGUGACUCGAUACAAGAUCUACUAUGCUCUCUCUGGUUCAUCGUCCACAAACUCUCGCAUAGUUUCUAAUGAUACCAACUCCUAUACGAUAACAGGGUUAGAGACCUAUCUGGACUACACAAUUCAAAUAAGUGCUUCAAAUAAAGAUGAGGAAAGUGAUAAGAGCAGUGAGAUAAUCGGCAGGACACUUGAAGAAGUUGCACCAGCUCCUAUCAACAUGGCCAUACCAAGAAGUACUAAAAGUUCUUUCACCGUGUCGUGGUCCACUCCUCUCCCAUCGAACGUAAAUGGUCGUGUUCAGAUGUACACCAUUCGCUUCAAGCGAAGCGAUGAAGGAGAUGAUGGCGAUUAUAUUAUGGAAAAUGCGUUGACAGAUGCAUUUGAAGCAGAACAUACUGUGACGAAUCUUCUAUAUGGUGUUAACUAUACAGUUCAGGUCCAAACUGUCAAUGGAGCUGGUUCUAGUAAGUGGUCGUACCCAGUCAGAGCUAAGACCAUCCUUACUGGUCAUCACUGUAACGGGGCGCAAGUAGGCACUAUAAUUGCAGGUGUUUCAGUACCUCUUAUCAUCAUCAUCAUCUUCCUCAUAAUUCUCAAUGUUGUUACCUACAGGAGGGCCAGACUAAGACAUCCAGUCACCGCAUCGUCAAAAAAAACUGCACGUGAGCCAUCCCCAAGGUAUGAGAACCCUGCAUUUGAUGCAUCCAUGCGCACCUGCAAAAAUGUGGAUAAAGACACCUACCAAGAUCCCGAUAUCGACACCAGGGACUACUAGAACCUCAGUGACCCCAACACAUAUCUAGGGCUUAAGAAAACCAGCAUCGAUACCUCGCUUCAGAGUGUCGGCCAACCAGAGCCGGAAACCACGUAUGAAUGCAUUUAGAAUCGAUUCCAAUGCACAAUUCGACUACCGAAUUACAGAAUGAAGCAAGUGCCAGAAGUGACGUGUGUGUGUGUUGUUGUUAUUGGGAGGAUGCGUCUGUUCGUGUCUGUGGAAGAAAGGAAUAACAGUUUCCGUAAUUAAUAAAUGGGUGAGUAUGGGUAUGGAAAAUAAGGGUGUGUGUGUGAGUAUGAUAUGAACAAUGAAUGUAAGAUUGUGGGUGAGAAUGGGGAACAGAAUUAAUAUGAGGGUGUGGGUAGGGGAGGUGAGAAGAAUAAAUAUAAGGGUUGGGUGGGUAUGGGUGUGUGAAUAUAGUAUAAAGAAUCAUUAUGAGGGUGUAAAUGAUUGUGUGGGGGAGUAUAGGUGUGACUGAUGAAUAUAAGGAUGUGGAUGGGUAUCAGUGGGAAGUAUAAGAUGGGGAAGUAGGUGUGUAUGGAUGUAAAAUAAGAAAGUUAUAACGUUUAAAAGUUUCGGUCAUUUUUAUGCAAAUGAGAAAAUCGAUGGUGUCCCAAUGUUGCAAUUUUUACAGAUCUGACAAUAAGGACCAACUUGACUGAACCAUAAAAUGUUAAACAUUAGUAAUUCCACAUGUUCAGGGAGAAA